AUGAAGCGUGAUAUCAUAAGGUGGAUGUACGAUGGUCUUCGAGUCCUGCCUAAAAUAAAAUGUGUGAAGCUCAGCUUUGUUUUCACCAUUGCAUUGUCCACUAUUUGUAAUGACCACCAAGAAAUAGAUUUAAUUAUCUGUGUUCCAACUCGCGGUGACAACUUUGAAGGUAGAAAAACAAUUCGAGAGACCUGGGGUAGUUAUGCUAAUGAAAGCUCCUUUACUUCAAUUCUAAUUUUCUUCAUUGGAAUACCAGACGUUAGCUCGCCUACUGCGAGUUUAACCCAGAAGUUAAUUCUUGAAGAAUCUGUUAUGUACGGAGACGUACUGCAAGAGGAUUUUGUAGACUGUUAUAACAACCUCAGUAUCAAGUCCGUUUCUAUCCUCAAGUAUGUUUCUCAUUACUGUCCAAAGGCAAAAUAUAUUCUCAAAGCGGACGAUGACAUGUAUAUUAAUAUCCCUUUUUUAGUUAACAGUCUGAAACGAUUUCAAAUUACAAAGCCCAACUUAAAAGCUUUUGUAAUGGGAUCGAAACAGACAAAAGCACAUCCAAUGAGAUCAACUGACUCCAAGUGGUACCCUGAGUACCCCGAGGAUACCUAUCCGGAUUAUGUGAUAGGUGCGGCUUAUGUCGCGUCAGCACAGGCGUCGUGGCUGUUGUACCAGGCGUCACUGAGGUUGCCGUUGUUCCUUUGGGAAGAUGUGUACAUCACAGGGAUGUGUUCCAAGAAAGCUGGCGUUGAAGUAGUAGACAGUGCUCUGUUUUCUUACCUCAGACAUACGGUCUCCGGCUGUUCCUUUAGGAAGCGCAUUUCUGGGCAUCCUUACAAUGCGACGGAGUUACGAGUAGUACACAGAGAAUUGUACGAUGAAAAACUUAUUUGUAAAUAA